AUGACUUUUUUACUCAGCUUCCGAAUGGGCAAAUGCCUCCCUAACGCCGCUCUGGAGGGGUCAUUGAAGGAAAAUGUCUCUCUUACUCCUCCGACACACUUCAACGACACAUUAUUCUUCAACGUGUCCGCCUCGAAGCUUCCUUUCAAACUACCAGAAAAUGGUGUUUUUCAGCUCCACAGGAGUGACGGAUCUCCACACUGCAAGCCUAGUGCACACUCCCGCGAGGUGCUCAUCUCCCGAGCAGACAAACGACACAAACAUUGGAGACAAAAAGUUGGCGAAUUCCUAACAAGACUUCUUCCCGGUCUUAAAGUGAAUCGAUAUUUCCAGUACUCCAUCGAAGACUUCCCAGAACACUAUGCUCUAUAUUCAAAGCCGAGGCUAACUGGCGCAUCGGCCAAAUCUGACGAUUUGUACUUGUGGGGUUCCAAAUAUGUCAACAACUUCCGAUCACCUGCAGAAUUCGCAUUUCACGCCGCCUGGCUACUGACAGAUCCCACGCUCAACCAGCGCAACUGCGAAUGCCAAUGGUGCACCGGUACCCCCCAAAAAGUGCUCAGUCAGCGGCUGGGCGUCAACGUCGACCGCUGGUAUAACGUUCCCAAACUGAGAACCGAUUUUGGAAGAGCUGACCACGGUGUCGAUCUUCGUGAAACGCCACCAGCUUCACCAACUUCCACUAUCGAACCCCCCGGAUUAUCUGCACUUUCGGAGCUCCGAGAUCAUCCACCUUAUCGGAUAGGAGAAUUGGUAUGGGCCCAUGUGCGCCCGCCGAUGCGGGCCGACACCGGUGAGACAAUCGAUUGCUGGCCUGGUGUGAUCGUGGAUAUUGCUAUUCGCCCUCUGCGAACGGAGGCAGGUAUGGAUCGGCAACAAGCAUUGAAGCUGAAGCUUCUUGGCACUGUCCACUAUUCGACUGUGGAAGCCCUCGAUGCGCUGCCAUAUCAUGCCUAUCAGAUCCCGAUGAACCUUCAUCAGUUCCUAGGGACUUCUCGCCCUCCGAACCUCGCCAAUGACGCUUCAUUUGAUAAACUAUCCGACGUCAAGAUUUAUCGAGACACCGCGAUUAAUCACGAGCCAAGACAGGCGACCUUCGACAGCUCUUGGCCAGCGUUCCUAAAGGGGCUCGUGAUGACCUGGCGUAUAGCUGAUCUCUGGACCCUGGUCCGGACAGCGGGUGGAGAUCCAGCGACCACUUCACACCGUUCGAAGUCGGAGACGACUUCUUCAACGGUCCAGCCACAGGACACAUGGGACACCAUUUGGUGGGGUGCCGAAAGCAUUUGGGUUGGGGAUCUUGUUCGACUACAGGGCAAAAGCCUCGAAGGGAAUCCUCUGCUUCCACUGCUGUCACAAGGGGCAGAAACAAGGACCUUGUUCUUCAAAAUUACAAAAAUUCAUACAUGCAAGCCCACCAGCAUCUCAGACAUUUGGCUCUCCGGUACAUUAUACGAGACCGUUCCUGAGGACGAGACGGGGGAUGACGCACAAAAUGAGUAUGCCAAGAAAGAGCCUGGCCACGGUGAUGAUGGAUCGUCCUUAAACGAUCUCGUACCGAUGGGGUCUCUGCCAGAGCCACCCCUGGGAUUUCGGUUCAAUCCCGUCCUGGGCGCGCGCAGCACAGUCACCAUACCACUUCGCAGCAUUGCAGGGCGAUAUUACGCCCACCUUGUGUUCUCUCCGGUCCUCACUUUCCUCCGCUCGACGGCCAGAGUCAAGCCAUCUCAACUGCUGGCUCUGUCCGGUUAUGCACCUGGAGAUUCGUGGCCAGAGGUGCGACCAAAUACCCAUCAAGAUCGCAAGCAGCUGUGGGAUGAACUGGAGGCCGAGAUGAAGAGAUUCUUAAUGACUAAACCCUGGAAACCUGUGAAUGGGAAUCAGGCAAUGAAGAUCGAGACGAAGGGUGCUUGA